AUGGAGAAUCUCGCCGCCGCACUCGCCGCUGCCAAUCUAAACAUCCCGGUCUCCACCGCCAUCUCAAUGCAGCCUCUCUCGACCUCCUACCCCCCCUCCGCCGGCGAUUUCUCGGAGGCUGCGAAACCGGUCAUGGCUCAGAUCGCGAAUUUCCUGCAGUCGAAGGGGUACCCUCUGCUUGUGAAUGUGUACCCUUACUUUGCACGUGCGGGGGAUCCGGCCAACGUGGAUCUGGACUUUGCGCUAUUCCGCCCCGGAAAGACGGCGGUCCACGACGGAGAGUUGACCUACCUCAACCUGUUCGAUUCGAUGACGGAUGCGGCGUACGCGGCGUUGGAGAAGGUGGGGGCGGGGGGUGUGGAGAUCAUCGUGUCGGAGACGGGGUGGCCGAGUGACGGAGGGACGGACGCGGGAGUGGAGAAUGCCCAAACGUACGUGAAUAAUUUGAUUGGACACGUGGCGUCUGGUAGGGGGACGCCACGGAGGCCAGGGAAGCAGGUGGAGGCCUACAUAUUCUCGUUGUUUAACGAGAAUAUGAAGCACGAGGGUGUAGAGCAACAUUGGGGUUUGUUUUACCCUAAUCUUGCUCCAGUUUAUAAGCUAAAUACUCCUGGCGGGAAAAUAGGAAGCAAUCCUAUUCCUACUCCAGUUUAUCAGCUGAAUACUACUCAUGCCGGGAAAAUAGGAAGCGGGAAAAGAAUCAAGACUUUGACCCUCAACAAACAAAUGCUGAGGGUAAUACCUGUUGCCCAUUAUGUACUCAACAAAUAUAAAUUGAAUGCAACCACAAAGUGA